AUGGUUCAGCAAACCAUAGAUUCUAAAUUUAGUGAAUAUGGGAUGGGAGCUACUGAAUCCGAAUUGCCCGUUCAUGAUAAGCAACUGUCAGUUCCUGUAAAGAAGACUGCGUUAAGAGAUCUGCAAAAUGAUAUUAGAGUUGCAAUGCCCAACUCUAUUGGGAACUCUCCUCUAUUAAAGAAUGGAGGACCCAUUAGUAAUGCUCCUAGAGUUUUGGGCACCAAGAGACCUUUACCUGAACCUGAGUGCCCGAUGAGCCUUCCUCAACACCAGCUCCCCAGUAGCAGUGCUGCAAAUGGGCAUCUUGUCUAUGUUCGUAGAAAGUCGGAAGCAGAUGUAGUCAGAAGUAGUACUUGUGAUAAUGCAAGCAUUAAUGCUGAUUGUCAGGUAUCAAGGACGCUUAGUCACCACGAGGCAAGCACCCGACCCAGUCACCACGAGACAAGCACCCAACCCAGUCACCAAGAGGCAAGCACCCGACCCGUAUUCCAAACAAAGGAGUCAAAAGUUUAUUGCAUUCCGGCUUUUGCACCUUUUCCGAUGUCAGCUUCAACCAUCCAGCCUGGAAAACCUUCAGUUAAUGCCCCACAUUGUAAGUCUGGUAUAAGAAUAGCACCAUCAGGAUCCAAUCCCCUUGCUUCUGCUACCCAAACAUUGGCUGGUUCAAAGGGACUCAGAAAUCUGCACUGGGAAGAGCGAUGUCAUCAAUUGCAGUUGCUAUUAAGGAAAUUGGACCAGUCAGAGCAAGAGGAUUAUCUCCACAUGCUGCGGUCGCUCUCCUCAGUUGACCUGAGCAAACAUGCAGUUGAGUUGGAAAAGAGAUCAAUUCAGCUUUCACUGGAGGAAGCAAAAGAAUUGCAGCGUGUUGGGUUUUUGAAUGUUCUAGGGAAACCUGCGAAGCAAUUCAAAGUACCGUCAACUCAUCAAGACCGAUCAGAUAAGUGA